UCGUCUUUGGUUUGUCUGUCAGUUUUUAUUGUCUCCUCAGUGAACAUGGAUAUUUUCAAUGUUCGUACAAUUUAAUAAAUAUGGCAUCGUCAAUACAAAAUAGUAGAGUAUCGCCUUCGGGUUAUUGCGUGUGUUGUAGAGUGUGCAAUAUGUGGUGUUGGAGAGCCUUCAAGUGGCUCCCUGUGUUGUUGAUAGUUUCGAUCGUAACUUGGUCGUAUUAUGCCUACGUUAUUCAGCUGUGCAUUUUCACAAUUGAAACGACAGUUCAGCAGUGUAUUUACUUGGUGCUGUACCACAUUCUGUUGAUCAUGUUCGCCUGGUCUUAUUGGCGAACUAUAUUUGCUGAUAUAAAACCAAUUCCGGACAAGUAUAAGUUGCCGGAAGCCGAAUUAGAAAAAUUACUCAGUGCAGAAUCAGAGGAUGCUCAAAGGACAAUCCUCGAGAACUUUGCCAAAGACCUGCCUAUAGUCACAAGAACAAUGUCUGGUUCCGUCCGUUACUGCAACCGGUGCGUGCUAGUGAAGCCAGACCGAGCGCACCACUGCAGCAUUUGUUCUCGCUGCGUGCUCAAGAUGGACCACCACUGCCCGUGGGUCAACAACUGCGUCUGCUAUUACAAUUACAAGUUCUUCAUGCUGUUCCUGGGAUACGCGCUGCUGUACUGUCUCUUCAUUAUGUCCACUUGCCUGCCCUACUUCAUAAGGUUUUGGAAGGGUGAUUUCGGAACCGCAGCGGGCGCGGGCCGAUACCACAUCGUGUUUGCAUUCUUCGUGUCGCUGAUGUUUGCGAUAUCGUUGGGCUCGCUUUUCGGGUAUCACUGCUACCUCGUCGCCAAUAAUAGGACUACUCUAGAAGCGUUCCGGGCUCCAAUGUUCCGAGGUGGAGCUGACAAGAACGGUUUCUCUAUAGGUGCUUACAACAACUUCAAGGAGGUAUUCGGGAACAAUCCCAACCUCUGGAUGAUUCCCGUCUUCACAAGCUUCGGCGAUGGGAUCGUGUACCCGCUGCCCGCUAAGGAAGAGGACACAGAGUCGCUGCUUAGCUCCGAGCGCUGGGAGCGUUGGGGCGAGCGCGCGCGGCCCUUCGACGAGCGAGAGAGCUCGAGCUACGACGAGCUAUGAGUGUAGGCGCCGCGCUGCAUGCGCUCACGCCACGCUCGCGAACUAUGAGGCUCAGCGCAUAAUAUUUUAGGCUUUAUGUGGAGCUAGUGAGAACAGAGCCCCGAUUACGGUAAUUUUUAACGUCUCCAAUCCAGACGCGCUUCUGAUUCUGCGAUACGAUUGGUC